AUGAGUCCUCCAAAGAUACACAAUUUCAUCCAAAUCUGGAGCAAGAAGACGGGGACAAUCACGUGGAAAGAAACGUUCGUUGAAACGCCGGAAGGAGAAAAAGAGAGGAGGCUGGUGGUCACGUUCAGAUCUGGAGAGCACGUGAGGACUUUUCACCUGGGCGGUGACAUUUCCAGUGUCCUCACUGGACGUGGCAGAGAAAGGCGGAGCUGCCUCUGUCUGACUCUGCAGGACAGCUCCUCCUUACUCAUCGGCAGGCCGUCCUGCAUCGGGCUGGGACAGAAGGCACAGCUGGCGGCUGGCCACGAGCCACCGUACGGGUCCUGCAGCACCCAGAUUGGAAGCCGGGCGCUUCCUUCCCGGAAGACGCCCUCGCCUGUGUGGAGGCCACCAGCUCUUGGUAAGAAAGUGUUGCCAUCUGGUCUAGAGGUGAAGGAGGAGGAGGAGGAGGAGGAGGACGACCUCGUGCCCACCAAGAAACGUUGGUUGGCGUUUCCCCUGGAAGCGGAGCAGAGCCAGCACAGCCGUGUCGCCCAGGCGGCCCUGGAGGCUCCCGCGGAGCAGCGGUGGCGCGGCUUCCCCAACCUGGGCAACACCUGCUACACGAACGCCGAGCUGCAGGCGCUGUUCGCCAUCCCCUCCUUCGCAGACGGCUUGCUCUCGCAGGGUGUCCCCUGGGAGAGGAUCCCCGCGGGCGCGCUCCUCACGCCCAUGAGCCUGCUGCUCCUUCUGAAAGAUGUCUGUCAGGUGGAGGCCAAGGAGGAGCUGCUGGCCGGCAUCAAAGGUGCGGUGUCCGCGGUGGCCGAGGCCUUUGUUGGAAACCAGCAGAACGACGCACACGAGUUCUUAGGCCAGUGUUUACACCAGCUGAAAGACAAGUUUGCGAAGCUGAACACCACCUGGAACACGCAGGGCGGGAAUCCACCGCCCCAGGGCGGCGGGGGCCAGGCGGCCACCGGGGCCUUCGCCUGUCCGGUCGAGGCUAACUUCGAGUUUGAGAUGCAGAUCUCCAUGACGUGCAAGGUGUGUGGCUGGGCGGUCAUCAGGACAGAGCCCAGCAACCAUCUCUCCCUCGACCUGCAGCAGGGCCCGAAGCAGGGCACAGAGGCUCCGCCUCUGUCCGUUCAGAGCGCGUUUGACCUCUUCUUCGCAGCAGAGGAGCUUGAGUACAGCUGCGAGAGGUGCUGCCAGGGGAGCGCCAUGCUGUGGUGCAGGUUCCGCAGGCUCCCCCCGGUCCUCAUCGUCCACCUCAAACGCUACAGCUUCACCCAGGCCUGGCUGCUGGUGAAGAGCGACCGGCAAGUGGGCAUUUCCAAGUACUUGAUGCUGUCCUCACAGUGCGACGCGGACACUGCCCCACCACGCCCCCUGGCCCGGAGUGCACAGGUGACCUCUGAGCCCACCAGCCCACCCUCAGCAUCAGUGCCGCCGGGCUCGGAGUCCCCUGACUCCUUGGUUCCACUCUGUGGGCCAGACAGGGACGCUGGGCCACAAGAAUUCCAGAGGAUAGGAGAACCUGUCAGCACCCCAGACUCAGCGCCUUCUGACGUCCGUCUUCAAGAGGUGCCUGAAAAUCCAGAACCUCAGAAAACCGACCCAGAGGGUAUCCAGGGACGCCGCAGGGCCUACAGGCUGGUCAGCAUGGUCAGCCAUGUUGGGCGCUCCCACCGCUCAGGCCACUACGUCAGUGACGUGUACGACUUUGAGAAGCAGGCCUGGUUCAUGUACAACGACCUGAGGGUGUUGGAAAUCCCAGAGGCUGUGAUGCAGGAGCUGAGAACUCACACCGGGUACAUAUUCUUUUACAUGCACAGUGAGAUUUUUGAGGCACUGUUGGAAAAGGUGGUGAGUUCCCAGGAACUUAGCGCACAGGCAGAGGUGAUCCCUUGGGGUGACCUAGAGGUGACCUUGGGGUGA